AGUUGGAAAAUCAACCCAUGAACCGAAACCAGAGAGAGAUUUGGGGAGACUGAGAAGACCGGAGAAACACCGACCACCACCGUCACUGCCGAAGGGAGUUGGGACUCGAGAAACACAGGGCAGCAAGUGGGUGGCAGAGAGAGAUUGAGAAGGGGAGAGAGAGAAUGGCGUACUUGAGCAUGGGGGAGGCUCAUAGAAGGAUAACCCAAUAUCUCAACCGCUUCUGUGAUGCCAUUACCAACCAGGACGGCCCCUCCCUCCGAUCCCUUCUCUCCCUCUCCUCCAACUUCCUCUCCCUGGCCGACGCCCUCAACGUCUUCCAGGACGCCAACAGAUUGGUCAGGCAGAACGACAAGUACGUGCAGUUCGCCGAGAUUCUGGUGAACCAUCUUAGAUGCUUGCAAAGCUUCCGGAACGAUCACUUCGUUGAUGCGUAUAAUGCGUUUGAGAAGUCGGCAAAUGCUUUUCUGCAGGAAUUUCGAAAUUGGGAAUCUGCGUGGGCCCUGGAAGCUCUGUAUGUGAUAGUGUUCGAUAUUCGGGGGCUUGCCGAACAGGCUGAUAGAGAGUUGGUUGCCGUUGGGAAGAAUCCUGAUAAAUUGAAGGCAGCUGGUUCCUUUCUAAUGAAAGUGUUUGGCGCACUUGCUGGUAAAAAUCCAAAACGUGUUGGAGCACUGUAUGUCACAUGCCAAUUAUUCAAAAUAUAUUUCAAGCUUGGCACUGUUCACCUCUGUAGGAGUGUGAUAAGAAGUAUUGAGACUGCACGUAUUUUUGAUUUUGAAGAGUUUCCUACAAGAGACAAGGUUACAUACAUGUACUAUACUGGUCGUUUAGAAGUUUUUAAUGAGAAUUUCAUCGCUGCUGAAGAAAAGCUCAUGUAUGCCUUAAAACGCUGUCAUCCUCAAAAGCAAGCAAAUAUAAGGCUGAUACUAAAGUACCUGAUACCUGUGAAGCUCUCACUUGGUAUACUACCCAAGAAAUGGCUUUUGGAGAAGUAUAAUUUGCUUGAGUAUGCUGAUGUGAUUCAAGCAUUACGUACUGGUGAUCUUCGACUUCUUAGGAAUGCCCUUCAAAAGCAUGAGGAUAGGUUCUUAAGAUCUGGUGUUUAUCUUGUUCUUGAGAAGUUAGAGCUCCAAGUUUAUCAACGAUUGACGAAGAAGAUAUACAUCAUCCAAAAGCAGAAGGAUGCAAGCAAGGCGCACCAAGUAAAAUUGGAAAUCAUAGUAAAAGCUUUUAAAUGGCUUGAGAUGGAUAUGGACAUUGAUGAGGUUGAAUGUAUAAUGGCGAUACUCAUUCACAAGAAUCUUAUGAAAGGAUAUUUCGCACACAAGAGCAAAGUGGUAGUUCUUAGCAAGCAAGAUCCCUUCCCAAAACUGAAUGGCAGACCAGUAAAUUCGUAAACUCUUGUUUUAUCAUUGUAACUUGUUGAAUUGGCCCCUGCUGAUAUGGAUAAAAAUUUUGUAAUGCCCCUCUACUGGGGACCAUGUUCCUCGUUCAAUUACUGAUAUGUAUGUGAGUCAA